AUGAUCAUCCCCGUAAGUAAAUUUAGGGAACCGGAAGCGACCAUAUACAAAGUAUCAGCAACCGAUAAGGAUUCUGGUGACAAUGGAAGAGUAACGUAUGUCAUACUGAACACCAUCGACGCUUCCCGCUUUGGUAUUGAUAGGAUCGAUGGAGCCAUUACAACACGCCAGAGUCUGUUUAACUUGGAAGGUAAUCUGUUUCAUAUCACUGUGGAAGCAAGAGAUAACGGACACCCUCCACUGACGAGUUCUAGACAAAUUACGUUCCAAAUCCAAUCAGAAAGCGUCCUAGAAGAGUUUAUCUAUAAAACUAUUGCAGAGAACGGAGCACCGGAGACGAUAGAUCUUCUGAAGGGUGCUUUCAGCACAUUUCCUAGCUCUGAAGUGACCCUCAGUAUCGAUUCUGGUAACGGUUAUCCAGUUGCAAGAAUAAAUAAUGACAAGCUGAUUGUGGACGCACUGGACUAUGAACAAAUUCAGUACGUGGACCUUACUAUCAACGUCACUGGUAGAACGACCAACAGGUUUGUAGGCUUCAUCCACGUGGCUAUUGCAGUCGAAGACCUUGAUGACAACGGACCAAGUUUCAUCCCCUCGCCAGUUUCCACUUUCAACAUCCCCAUCACAGCCAAAUCAGGAGCUAAAGUGUACCAGUUCGUGGCCGUUGACAAAGACAGCACAGCUAACGAGAAUGGCGUUGUGAGUUACUCUCUCGUCGACUCAGCAUCUCCCUUUCUUCUUGACAGCCACACCGGAAUGCUUACACUAAAGAGGGAUAUGACGACGUCGGACAACAAUGCUGUUUUCACGGUGCAAGCAAAUGCAACAGAUGGAGGCGGGCAAUUUGCCCUAAGUUCUCCAGUUAAUUUUACAGUAUACGAUCCUGACGAAGGCUUCCCCACGUUCCACGAAUCAGCUUAUUUUGGGUCCCUUCGUGAGAACUCCCCGAUUCGUACGAGUGUGAUGCUGAUAAACCCAGUGCUGACAGUCUUCCCUGGGGCACACGAGCUCGCCGUGGACAUGGUGGGCACGCACAAAUCGGACUUCUACGUAACCGCUCCAUAUGGAGAUCUAUACACCAAUACGCAAGUGGACGCCGAGAAGACCCCGAUGUACUUGCUGGCGAUAAUGUCAACCACGCUCCAUACUCCCAUCAAGUCAACAACUGUGUUCGUUCGAAUAGACCUGGUGGACGUCAACGACAACCCCCCUCACUUCCCCUUCAGAACGAACCAUACCACUAUUCGCCCCAGCGACGGCCCCAACACCGUCAUAGCAACCGUCACCGCUAUAGACAAAGACCUCCACCCCCAGCUGACCUACAACGUCACAACGGCUCCUUCCACUAGGUUCAUCAGGACCAGACAAACCCAUAACACGGUGGAUGUAGUCGUUGUUGACCCAUCGAAACUUAAUGAGAAAACAUAUCAUAUUCAGAUGGUUGUUAAUGAUGGACUCAACACGGACACGGCAAACCUCGUCCUGACGGUGGAGAUGUGACGUCCUCGCGUUGGCGGAGUCUACAACUGAGGCUGACGUUUCUGUUACUGUACAUUGUUGAGCACAUGUCUAUGCCACUGGUAGAGACAGAACUGCUGAACCAAUCUCGAUAUGAAGUGUGAUGUUUAUCUGUGAAGAUUACACAGACCUACAUUGUCACAGAUAAGUCGUACUGAGAAAUAUUCCACAUAAGCAUAGACUAUUGCAAAGCAAUUGUAUACAACUUGUGAUGAUCACAAACAAAUACAGAAAUAUAAUUCCCAAACUACUGAAAUGUCUAUCGUACGAUUACAACAUAGGUAUAACAAACAUAUAGAUGAAUAUUUUGCAUAGAAUAAUGAACACUUAUGUAUAUGUAUCUGAUAGACUGAUACAAAAUCUAUGUACAGUACGUAAUGCUAUGUGAUACACAUUGGUUAGGUUGUGAGGCCUAUUCACUGACACUGAAAGUGUCGAUACCUCAGACGAAUAAAGGACGCAUAUAAAUA